UUUUUUUUUGAAUCCUAAAUAAGGAGGGGUUUUCAAUGCAAUAUCUUUGAAUCUCAUUCUUCGUCAGACUGCGUUGACGAAUAGAACCGAGUUCAUGAAGUUCUACAAACAACUGGCGUCUUUUGAAUAAAAGCCAACAAAACAAGAAAACAAUAAUGGAGGCUUGCAUAGGCCAAAGUUGCGCCCUGGCAGCGAGUGGUACCCCAACGGGCCUGCUCUUCAUCGAAUUAGUGCGAACCCUCUUAGGCGCACAAUGCGCUCUAAAUAACGACAACAUUUAUCCCCCCGACAGAACAUCCGAAUUAGUUGAUGAAAAUUUAGAAUUCGACUUUGUAAUCGUCGGCGGUGGAACGGCAGGUUCCGUUCUUGCGAGUCGCCUAUCGGAAGUGAGCAGCUGGAAGAUUCUCCUCAUCGAGGAGGGUAAGAAUCCAUCGGUGAAGAGUCGAAUUCCAUCGAUGCUCUUAGCACUGCAGCACAGCGAUGAGGAUUACAAAUAUGAAGUCGAGCCAAAUGAAAAUUACUGCCAAGGAAUGAAAGGCAAAGUGUGCCACUGGUCGAAAGGCAAGGCACUCGGCGGCAGUUCCGUAACAAAUGCAAUGCUACAUGUCCAUGGCAAUGAUCGCGAUUACGAUCAAUGGGCAAAAAUGGGAAACGACGGCUGGAGUUACGAGCAAGUUUUACCCUAUUUCCGAAAGUCCGAAAGUUAUAAUCCCGAAUUUGCAGCUCGAUUAGGCAGCAAAUAUUUCGGAACAAAUGGUCCCUUGCCCAUUCGAAAGUUCAAUCACUCCUCGAGUUCUAUGUCCGAUCUUUUAAUACAGGCCGGACGUGAUUUGGGAAUUCCAGAAUUGGAAUCCUUCAACGCAAAGGACUACAUUGGUUUUGGAAAAUCAGACGGAACAUUGAACAAUGGCUUGCGAGUGAAUGCAGCAGAGGCUUUCCUUGCUCCGGCAAAGGAUAGAGAAAAUUUAUACGUUAUCACAUCGGCAACAGGACAAAAAAUUAUAAUGUCUGGCAAGAAGGCAACUGGCGUUCGUGUCAAAUUGAGCGACGAUCGUGUCAUCGACGUGAAGGCCUCAAAAGAAGUGAUCCUAUCCGCUGGCGCCAUCGAGACUCCAAAAUUGCUAAUGCUCUCGGGAAUAGGUCCUAAAAAUCAUCUCAAGGAAUUUGGAAUUUCUACUUUAGUCGAUUUGCCAGUGGGACAAAAUUUACAGGAUCAUGCACUGACCACUGGUGUACAGUUUACCUAUGACAACAAAUCUUAUGCCGGUUGGAAGCCUAGUGAUCUGUUGGACUCUGCCUACACAUUUUUGGUUCACAAAAGAGGUGAACUUGCAGCAACCGGUGGCAUCGACCUCCUGGCCUUCGUCAACGUCGACGAUCCAUCCUCAAAAUAUCCAAACGUCGAAUUUCACAACGCGCAUUUCCCCCAAAACUACCUAUUGCCACUGAACAUAAUGCUCCAAGCAUUCAGCACAGAAGACGAGCUUAACACUCAACUUCUUGAAGCUGCAUCGAAAAACGAUCUCAUAUUCCUCCUGAUGACCGUCCUUAAUCCAAAAAGUGUCGGAGAAGUGAAAUUACGAAGCAACGAUCCCAAGGAUCGAGUGAAAAUAAUCGCCAACUACUUGAAGCAUCCGGAUGACGUGAAAACAUUACUCAAGGGAAUAGAGUUCCUUCGCUCACUGAUGAAGACAAAAACACUGCAGAAUGCCGGUUUCAAGUGGAAUAAAUUCGACAUUCCCGGCUGUAGGGACACGAAAUACGACUCUGACGAUUAUUGGAAGUGUAAUUUUAAGCACACCUACAAUACCGUUUAUCAUGCAGUGGGAACGGCGAAAAUGGGACCGAGUAGUGAUAAGGGAGCUGUCGUUGAUCCAAGACUCAAAGUUCAUGGAGUCGAGAGACUUCGCGUUAUUGAUGCGUCGAUAAUGCCCAAAAUUCCGAGCGCAAAUAUUAAUUCGGCUACUUUGAUGAUUGCCGAGAAGGGGGCCGAUAUGAUUAAGGAGGACUGGCCCGAGAGGGAUGAAUUGUAAACUCAAUUGUGAUAAUUAGUUGUUGGUGUUAAUCUUACUUUCUAUUUUAAUUCAUUAAUUAACAAUAUACCCCGUUCAAUUUACUAUUCAGUAAAUAUAUUAUGUAUUUAAUAUCGUAAAUCAAUUUUAGCAUUAGUAAAAUGAACACAAAUAUGUUCAUUUUAUUAAUAUAAAAAUAAAAAAUCUGAGUCGGUACGAAUUGGUGGAAGCGUCAAGUGGAUAGAAAGAGUCAGAGUGGAUCUAACGUCCCCUCUUCUUACUCUCUCUAGAGACGCAUGCGCAAAGAGGGGCGACUGCGCUUGCGCCACUAUUUUCAACCAAUGGGAGAGUGAGAGUGGCGCAAGCGCAGUUGCUUUUCGUGACUGUCGCGCCUGCGCUAGAAGACAAACACAAAGGAGGGGACGUUAGAUACACUAGCUGACUCUUUUUAUCGACCUACUGCGCUUUCAGUAUUUUCAUAUUCGCACAAAAAUUUAAAUAUAAAUCCACACACAAAUUAUUAUUCAUAAAACACUAAUUACUAAUAAUAAGAAAAAUAAUAAUAAAAAUAGUCAUAAAAAUAAUAAUAAAGAUCUUUAUACCUAUUCUUUAUAACCUAACAGAUAUAUUCGUCUCACAGCCAAAUGUAAAUUUGUUACACAUUCAUUUUUAUUGAUCCAAAUAAAAAUUUUAUUUUCCC